AUGUCUGGGAAAAGACGAAAUACAAUAACGCAGUUAAACAGCAUUCUUCCGGUGCCAAUAGAGCUUGAAAAUCAUGCCGACGAUCUCUCUACUUCGCACGUAACUGAUGUAUUGGUAGGGGACUAUCAUUUAAUUGGUGAGAAUGCAUCAAGUUACGUAGUUUGGACAAUAAAAGUGACUAUAAAUGAUUCCUCUUACUCAUCAAUUGUAUUGUAUAAGAGAUAUAGCGAGAUUGAGGAGUUGAGACUGAAAUUAGUAUCUGUAUAUCCAAGGGAGUCUAUUCCAUUGCUUCCCCCCAAAAACGCAUUCAGCAUACUGCGUAUAACUAUGAAUGAGACAUGGCUUGAGGAAAGGAGACGAGGACUACAGUGGUUUUUGACCAGUGUACUAUUAAAUCCUCGAUACCAGACAGAGGUGAGAGAGUUCCUACUACUGUGA